AUCUUGUUGACUUCCUGUAAAUAGUGCGCGGCACUCUAGUCCUCAUUUAGUAAAACUUAGAACAAAAUCUGUUAAAUGCCACAUAUGUCUUGAUACUGUAUUUUUUAUACUGCAUGAGCCAACGUGUAGACAUUUAUAUUUUAAAAUGUUUUAAACGAAACACGACUGAUAAACAACAAAAAAAAAUGUACGCCUGUUUUGUGUAUAUAUCCAUCCGCUAGUAUUUCGUGUUUUUUUCGGAUUGUUUAGGUGUAUGUCUUUCACAGGCAGACAUCUCCGGCGAACUGAUAAUAUUAUUGAAACUAUUUUAGUGUUAAUCUAGUAUAUAUGGAUAAUCUACAUCUCUUUCAGUGAUAAGUGUUUGGUUUUAAAGAGACAACGAGAAGAAAAGAAGCUAGCUGACUUGCCUAGCAGUCAGUGUCCAGGCUGGAAUAAUCAGCCCUAGCAACAGCAACAGCAGCAGGGCUAGCAGGCUAACAUCGCUUUACUCUCAGUUUGACUUUUAAAGCAUUUCCUCCGCUGUAGUUUUGCCGUUGGAGAUACUUUCUAAACCGUUUGAAUAGUCUGCUCAAAGACUCGUUUAUGGGAUAAUCAUGUCAAUGAAGCAGACAGGCGGUAAUCGCAAACCGGGCAGCGGUAGCAGUAGCGGGGCCGCAGCGGCCUCAGGAGCCGGGGGAUGCGCAGGAGCUGCUGCAGGACGACACAGUUUAACCAGGGGACGUAACAGCGCCAAAGCACACUCCGCACCAGUGGCCUUCAGUGGAGUUUAUGCAAAUAUGAGGAUGGUUCACGUCUUAACUUCAGUGGUGGGAGCCAAGUGCGAACUCAAAGUGAAAAAUGGCGCAAUCUACGAGGGUGUCUUCAAAACGUAUGGUCCAGAGUGUGAUCUGGUCCUGGAUGCAGCCCACAGGAAGAGUCCAGAGCCGAACGUGGGCCCUCGACGUGAGGACAUAGUCGAGAGUAUCAUCUUCAAGGCUUCAGAUGUUGUGGUGGUGCAUUUUAAAGAUGUGGACCUGAGCUAUGCCAAAAAAGUCUCAUCAGAGCAAGAUAACCUUACAGACAACCCAUUAAGCGCUCGUUUAAAUGGAGAACAUAAAGAGAAGGAUUUGGAGCCUUGGGACGGAGGAGAUCAACAUGUCUCCGGCAGCUUGGAGUCUCUCGACACUGACUUGUCAAAUGGUUGGGACCCUGAUGACAUGUUCAAAUACAAUGAGGAAACAUAUGGUGUGAAGUCUACCUAUGAUAGCAGUCUGUCCUCUUACACAGUGCCACUGGAGCGAGACAAUUCAGAGGAGUUCCUCAAGCGGGAAGCUCGUGCAGCGCAGCUGGCUGAGGAGAUUGAGGCCAGCGCCACCUAUAAGGCCCGUGUGGCUUUAGAGAACGACGAGCGAUCGGAAGAGGAGAAAUACUCUGCUGUAGUGCGGGAUGCACACACAGUCGGCAGGGAAAAUAAAUACAUUCCCCCAGGCCAGCGGAACAGAGAAGCAGGACUGUCAUGGGGAGCAGGACGACAGAACUCACCCAGACUGGUGCAGUGCAAUCCUGGGCCUCCUACACCCAGAGCUUCACCUCAUGACUACAACACACUUGCUGGUGUGGAUCAGCGUGUUGUCAAUGGAGGUUCCCCACAUUGGUUCUCUCGCUGUCCAUCUCCCUCCUCUUACCCUUCCUCUCGCUACCAGUCAGGCCCCAACGCCUCCCUACCCACCCGGCCUCCCUCCAGACCCCCAUCUAGGCCCUCCCGGCCCCCCUCUCAUCCCUCUGCCCAUGGUUCUCCAGCACCCCUCUCCACUCUGCCCAAACGCCUCUCCUUGGAAGGUCCUCCAAGGAUGUCUCCAAAGUCCCAGCGGACCCCCAGGGCACAUAGAGUGCCCUCCUGCCGGGGUGCUCCUGGGGUGGAAUUCAUGUCACAGGGUGCAUCUGGGGAGGCUUCAACUACUCCUCCUGCUCGUAGCAGCCCCUCUGGUGGCACUUGGUCUUCAGUGGUCAGUGGAGGACACAGACCUCGUUCUCCUCGGCAAACCAUUGUCGGAGGACCUCCUCCUGGCCCCUCCUCCUUGUCUUCUCCACAAGCUGGCACAGUGCCAGUUGAUUCAGUGGCCACACCCACUUUGGCAACAUCACCAAUUUCAGCGAGUCCUGCACCUAUCAUGAGUGCAAUACCAGUAACCGAAGCAAAAGAAAUUCGGCACAAUUCUCCCUCAGCCAAUAAGGAGAAUGUGAAGCCAGUGGAAUCUUCACCAAGCAGUAGGCCAGUUAGUAAAGGAUUUCCCAGCAUGCCUCCUGACCAUAGAAAGCAAAUAGACAAUUUAAAAAAAUUUAGUGUGGAUUUUAGGUUGCAGUCCAGCUCAAAUCCAGAUCUUGGGGUUGAGCCAAUGAUGACAAAGUCUCCACGGGACUCUGGAGAGAAAUUUAAGGAGUCACCCAGUGAUAAGAGCAUGACUGAAUCAACAGGAUCCAAAGUUUGCUCAGAGUCUCCUGGCAGUGAAGAGGUGUCAGCGGCUUUGGGUGCAGACUCUAGCGGGAGUAAACCUGGCACUCCUUCUCCUUCUCCCUCAUCCUCUACUCCCAGCACGGAGCAAAAACGUGUACCUGAUGUGACGUCUCAGGGUGUCCAGACUUCCUCACCCGCUGCUAUGAAAUCAGAUGAUAAAGAGGACAAGAAAGACCCUUUACCAGAGAGUGUUAGAAAAUCAACUCUCAAUCCUAAUGCCAAGGAGUUCAACCCCAGACCUUUCUGCACUCCACAAAUACAGGGUGUUCCAAAACUUUCCUUACAUAGGGGACUAUGUUUGCCAGCACCACGUCGGUUGUGCCUUCGUCAGUGGAUGUUCGUGGACGUCAACUUCUCGCCCAAACCAGCCACUACUCCGACUCUGACGCGACCCCAGGGUCAGCCGAGUCCUUCCAUCAUGGUGCAGCAGCCCCCGGCCGUUUACAGCCAGCCAAUGUGCUUCCCACAGAUGUACCCACUGACCCCAGUCAGCCCUGGAGUGCAGAAAAGCAUUAUCUGGAAGCCUCCUGCUAUGUACCAUGUUCAGGUUCCUCACAUGACUGUAAGCCAGACCAAGCCAUACAGAACAGGUAAAGUACCCAAUAUCCAACAGCAAAGACCCGACCAGCAUCACCCAGCAGGCACGUCACCCAUGAUGCACCCUGCCACAGCUGCAGGUCCCCCAAUCUUAGCUCAGAGCCCAGCUUACUCCACUCAAUAUUUCACCUGCAGCCCUCAGCAGUUCAGCAGCCAGACGCUUAUGCAGCAGAUGCCCCACUACCAGUCCCAGGCCCAGCAUGUGUUCAGUCCUGUUAUGCAGGGAGGUGCAAGGAUGAUCACCUCCAGCCAUGGCCAGCCCAAUCUGGCCUCCUCCUCCGCUACCCAGUAUGGUGAGCAGACCCACACAAUGUAUGUCUCAGCCCCUAUCCCCCAGCAGUACCAACAUCCUGGUGCCACCCUUCACCCACAUGCCCCUCAACCCCCACAGCCCUCAGCCACGCCCACGGGUCAGGCCCAGCAGAGCGGGCAGCAUGCCGGCACAAGCCACGCUGCUGCCAGCCCCGUCCAGCACCCACAGCACCAGGCGUCUCUCCACCUGGCCAGUGCAGCUCCCCCGCAGCAACAGAUGUACUCGGCCUUGACGCCGACCCCGCCCUCCAUGACUCCCGGUCCGGCUCCUCAAUCCCCGCAGGCUGUCUACAUCCACCCUCAGCAGGUUCAGCACUCGUACAAUCCCAACCACAUGGCUCACAUGCAGCAGGCACACAUGCAGUCAGGGAUGCACGUGCCUCAACAUCAUGGCACUCCGUCUCACCCUGUGAUGCUGAUGGCUACACAAGCAGGUCCACAGCCACCUUUACCCCAGAACACACUCAAUCCAAUCCCUGUCUCCUCAACCACACAUUUCUCCUACAUGGCACAUCCUUCAGUACAACCUCACCAUCAGCAGCAGCUUUAGAAGAUGAAGAUCGGCUGUUUUCAGCUGACUCCAGUGACGUGCUCUUCAAACUUCAUGAGCUACUGGCUGACCGAUCCUUCACCUGCUCCUACUCUACAUGCCCAGUGAAAUGGCCACUAAACCGUCUAUCAUGCUGCACUGCACUUUUGCUAAUCUAUCAGAAAUUAAUGCUAAUGAGCAAAGUUGCGGUGAACAGAUGUUUUUUAACACGAGUUUUAACAUGAGGGGACUGUUUUAGACGCCAUGAGUGAGAAACUGAAUGUCAAGAAACUGGAACUUGCAUUUUGUUUGCACCUUCGUAAGUAACAAAUUCUUCCAGUGAAUUGACGGUAUUAACUUUACUGUUAAAUGCUGCUGCUAUUGCCAUGUUCAAGAACUUGGGGUAAAGAAAAACAUACGAAACAAAAAUCACUCUAACCAAAUUAAACAAAACAAAAAAAACUUCCAGUGAUUUAAAAUGUUUGGCAAAAAUGAAUAAUUAUUUAUUAAUCAAACUGAAUGGGCCCCAAUUACAUUUGACUGUCAUAAGACUGCUAAGUUAAAUAAAAUUUUACUUUGUAGAUAAUAUAAAUGAAUAAAAAAAAAAAAAGAAUAAAAACAUUAAAAAAGUUGUAAAAACUGUUAA